AUCGCCAUCUUGAAGCCUUUAUUGCUGUCUUCAUGUUGCGUACUACGCCCCUUGUUGAUAAAAAACGACAGUAAUCAGCAGUACGAUUAAAACCUUUCUUUAGAAAAUUGGAAAGCCAGGACGCUUUAUUUUAAAGCUGUUGUAACCGGCUAAAACCAUGCAAAAGUAUGAGAAGUUGGAGAAGAUAGGAGAGGGUACAUAUGGGACCGUUUUCAAGGCUAAGAACAGAGAAACACAUGAGAUUGUGGCCCUCAAACGAGUGCGACUGGAUGAUGAUGAUGAGGGGGUUCCAAGUUCAGCAUUACGAGAAAUUUGCCUCCUGAAAGAACUGAAGCAUAAAAACAUUGUAAGGUUGCAUGACGUCCUUCACAGUGAUAAGAAGCUGACGUUAGUGUUUGAGUAUUGUGAUCAGGAUUUGAAGAAAUACUUCGACAGCUGUAAUGGUGACUUGGAUCCAGAGAUUGUCAAGUCCUUUAUGUACCAGUUAUUGAAGGGUCUUGCCUUCUGCCACAGCCGAAAUGUUCUCCACCGAGACCUUAAACCACAAAAUCUACUCAUCAACAGAAACGGUGAACUGAAGCUAGCUGACUUUGGCUUGGCCAGAGCUUUUGGGAUCCCUGUACGCUGUUAUUCUGCAGAGGUGGUGACGCUGUGGUACAGGCCUCCAGACGUGCUGUUUGGUGCUAAGCUAUACUCUACCUCUAUUGACAUGUGGUCUGCAGGGUGUAUAUUUGCAGAAUUGGCAAAUGCAGGACGGCCAUUAUUUCCUGGUAAUGAUGUGGACGACCAGCUGAAGAGGAUCUUUAGAUAUCCUUAACACUCAAAUUACGGUCUGGUUUAUACAUUUGGAUUGAACUGUGAAUCCUGAAGUAAAAA